AAGACUACCACUAAAAUGCAACUAUUUUGUUAUAACUAUGACGCGUCGCGUUUAACUGACGUCAUUUCCCGAUCAACUGUUGUUGACGUUCCGGGCGCGGAUUUUUGAAAACAACGAAAUUAAAAGUUGCCUUUAUUUUGGCUCCAUACAACUGCUCAGUAUGGCAUCUAUCCGAGAUUAUAACGUGGUGGAGCAGUUCAACAGCAGGCUGGAGGAGAUCCGGACCAAACUGCUCGAUCAGGCGAUGGGAGAGGUGCUCAAUGACACGGCUGCAGAGCUCUGUCAAGAACACAGACGCUACAUGAAAUCUGUCUUGGAUACUUGCAUAAAGAAAUGCAAGGAGGAUGAAACCAUGUUUGACAGAAUACAUGCAUAUCAAGAAGAUUUGAAGGAUAAAACAUCAUUAUUGAGAGAGAAGAGGACUGUACAUCUUGAGGUUGGUUCGGAGAUUGAAGACAAGGAGCACCACAAAGCACUCUUAAUUCAGAGGAUUGAGAAGCUGAAGAGGGAUCAGGCCAAAAACAGGGAAUUGAUUCAGUCACAAAAUAAAGCCAACAAAGACAGACUGAAGAAGCUGAACAAAUGUAAGGAUGUCUUUCAGAAACACCUGAGUCUUGAGAUAAGAAAAAUCCAAGGUGAGAAGCUCCAGUUUGUCUUCAGGAACAUCAGUCGUAAAGAUCCUGACAUCGUCCAUACAUUCCUCCUACAGCUUGAUGCGGAGGGCGUUUACCACAUCAUCUCCUGCGAUCCUCCACUGGAGAAAAUGGCAUAUCUAGAGCGCAGACUCCAGGAGACAAACAAUUUUUCUGCUUUCCUCGCUAAUGUCAGGAGAGAGUUUGUGGCACUUCAUAGUGGUGCAAAGACGGCCUGACUAAAGAGGAGUUGCUGAUUGUUCAUUUUAGAUCCAUCACCACUUCAUGAGAUCCAUUUGAAACUGUCAAUGACUAAGACAUCAUAUUUAUAAGCAUAGUUAUCACAUGUAUCAUUUUAUUUACCUUCAUCAGUCGAUUUGAAAUAUCUGAUUUAAGUUUUGUAUCCAUUCAUUUGUUGAUUUUAUUUUAGCAAUAAACAUUUAUUAAACUCAAACAUGAAAGAAAAAAAUCUACAAUAAAAUUGUU